AGUGGCUGUUUGUUCACUUUGAUUAUUAGAAUUAGAAUUUGUUUUUUAUUCUUUAUUAAAGAUUCAUUAAAGAUUUACGACGAUGGUCGCGUGGCUUUACGAUAAAAGUGAUCUUAGGAAGACUCCGUCCAUUAUCGAUGGAAUACCUUAUGAGAUGGAACAAAGGUAUCGUCGUGAAGGUGCUCGGUUCAUAAUCAAAGUUGGAACUAAGAUGAAUCUCCGGUACGAUACAAUGGCGACUGGUGUUGUUUAUUAUCAUCGUUUCUAUAUGUGCCAUUCAUUCAAGUUAUUUCCACGUUACCCGACUGCCUGUUGUUGCUUGUUCCUUGCGGGUAAAGUUGAAGAAACACCUAAAAAGUGCAAAGAUAUAAUUAGAACUGCUAGAGAAUUUUUAACCACUAAUCAGUUAACAACCUUUGGUGAUGAUCCCAAAGAGGAAGUUCUUACUUUGGAGAGAAUAUUAUUACAGACAAUUAAUUUUGACCUACAAGUUGACCAUCCAUAUACCUAUUUAAUUAAAUAUGCCAAAUGUUUGAAAGGUGAUAAAGAGAAACUUCAAAAAGUGGUUCAAAUGGCCUGGACGUUUAUUAAUGACAGUUUAUGUACUACCAUUUCUUUACAAUGGGAACCCGAAGUGAUCGCAGUUGCUUUGUGCUAUUUGGCUGGUAAAUUAUCCAAAUUUGAUAUCGUUGAUUGGGAAGGACGUCAACCGCACCAUAAACGAUGGUGGGAAACAUUCGUUGAAGAUUUAACCACCGACAUGGUCGAAGAUAUUUGCCACCAAGUUUUAGAUCUUUAUCAAAUUCCUAUACCAGAUACACCUCAAGAUUCCCCACCGACUAGUCCAGCUCAGUCUAAUUCCAUAGCAACAAACAAUAAUGUUCCCAAUUUGAUGCAACAAAAAACCUCACCAUUAGUUACAGCUCAAUCAGCAUAUCAUGAAUUAUCUAUGACAGGGCCUCCACCGCCUCCUCCACCACCACCACCUCCGCCUCCACCAUUGACUCUUUCAUCCCAGGUAUUGGGUGGACUCGUUGAAACGGCUCCCAACAUGUUAAGUGUCGGCAUGAAAGGCAAUAUGAGCACUCAACAAGCUUUAAUCGGGUCUACGGGUAAUAUGCGUCUUCCAAAUAUUCCAUCCAAUGUUUCAAUUCUACAAGCAGCCAAUGUUAUCGCUCCAAAUUCAGCUUCUAUGAUGAUCAGUGGUCAACCUUUUGCGAAUCUCUCUAAUUACGGUUUCCCAGCUCAAUAUACACUCGCUCCAGCUCCCCAAUUAGGGACCAUUCCAAUGGCCCCUGGUCCAAAUGUUCAACAUCAGCUUUCAGUGCCUGGUACAACUUGGGAAUUCGCACCACACCAAAGUUAUGUAAAUAUGCGCUUCUCUGCUCCCGAUCAUAAUAAACCCAUGGACCAUAAGUGAUACAAGACAAAAAACAAAAGUGUUUCCUUCAUAAAAAAAAUAUAUAUUUCGUUUUUACUCCUUAGCCUCUUUUAUUGAAAGCUAAUUAAUUUCUUUAAUAAAAUAAGUGCACAAGAUCAAUCAAA